AUGCCUGUCGCAAAGGCCUGCGCGCCUUGCUACUACCAGAAGUCAAAAUGCACCUUCACGGAAGGUAACCCGCAAUGCGAUCGCUGCAUGAUGAACGGCCGGGACUGCGUCUUCGUUCGUCCCGUGCCUCGGUCCGCCGUCAAGGGCCGGUCCAAGAUCGCCGUCCGGAGCAAGAUCAUGGGCAGCGGCAUCUCGUCCGCCGCUGCCGACGACGACGACGACGACGACGACGACGACGAUACCGACGACGACAGCUACGAGUACGACAACAAUAUCAACACCAUCGACAUCGGCAUCAACAUCAACUUCAAUAUCAUCUUUAUCGUCAUUAUCAUCUUCAUCCUCGACUUCAACAACAGCCCUCGCCCGCAUGAGCCCCGCGCCGAGUCCGUUGCCCCGGAAGCCCAGCAUAGCGGCGAGCCUCCCAGGCGCCGGCAGCCCGCCCGACGACGGGUCGUCGGACUCGUCGACCGAGUCGGCCUCGAGCCCGCCGUCCAAGAUCCUCGAGUCCCUCAGCCCGUACGGCAGCACGCUGAGCCGGCUGGACACGGCGGAGCGCAACUCGCUGUCGCGGCUGCUGCACAACUCGACAUGACGGUCCACCUGUUCUCCAUGUUCGACCAGGGCAAGGACGCCUACAUCGCCAUGUACACCGCCUUCGCCGCCACCAUGGGCCUCGACACGGGCCAGUACGACCCGGAGGCCAACCUGCAACGCGGCGCCAUGGCCGUCGAGCAGCUGCGGUCGUGUCCGCUGCCGACGCUCAAGCGCGAGGAGCUGCUGCCGUGGGCCGGCCUCGGGCUCGGCAUCGUCUACUUCUCCAACAUGGCCCUCGGCACCAGCGCCGCCCCCGUGCGCCGCUACAUCCUAAGCCACGUCCGGCACCUCCUCGGCACGACGCAGAUCUCGACGACGCGGACGCACUACAUCCUCGUCUACAUGACGGCCGUCGACAUCAACGAAUGCCUGAUGCAGCGCGAGCUGCCCGUGUGCGGCAUCGCCCCGCCCGAGGGCGGCCACGUCGACGCCUACGUCGGCGUGUGCAUGCCGCUGCUGCAGCACCUGUACGACCUCUGCCGCAUCAGCUACCAUCUCUACCACGAGGUCGACGUCGACGAGCAGACGCUGGCCCUCGACGCGCUCGAGAGGGACGUCGAGGCCUGGCAGCCCGUCAUCCCGCCCGACUUCACGAGCCGCUUCACCACGGGCGAGGUCAUCCACAUGCUGGCCCAGAGCCGCAUCUACAAGACGGCCGCCAUGCUCUUCAUCCACCGCCUGCGCCACCGCUUCGGCGAGGGCGACGAGAUGGCCUCGGCCAUGUCCAAGAGCAUCCUCUCGGACCUCCGCAUGACGCUGACCGUCUCCAAGGACACGCAACGCUGCGUCAGCUUCCCUUACAUGCUGGCCGCCAUCGAAGCCCGCGACGCCGCCGAGAAGGAGACGGCGCUCGAGGCCAUGAGCGCCCUCACCGACGCCUUCAACACGCGGUACAAGACGGGCAUGGCCGCUUUUCUGAACGCCGUCUGGGACAUGAGGGACGCGAACCCGGGCAUGUCGUGGCUCGACAUGAUGCCGAGCCUGCCGCCCAUCUCGGUGGGCGUCUAG